AUGCUAGCUGCAGCUUUCCUGGUGGGUGUGAAACUUUCACAGCCUUCGCUGCAUGCAGCCCUCGCUGCAUGCAGCCCUCGCUGCAUGCAGCCCUCGCUGCAUGCAGCCCUCGCUGCAUGCAGCCCUCGCUGCAUGCAGCCCUCGCUGCAUGCAGCCCUCGCUGCAUGCAGCCCUCGCUGCAUGCAGCCCUCGCUGCAUGCAGCCCUCGCUGCAUGCAGCCCUCGCUGCAUGCAGCCCUCGCUGCAUGCAGCCCUCGCUGCAUGCAGCCCUCGCUGCAUGCAGCCCUCGCUGCAUGCAGCCCUCGCUGCAUGCAGCCCUCGCUGCAUGCAGCCCUCGCUGCAUGCAGCCCUCGCUGCAUGCAGCCCUCGCUGCAUGCAGCCCUCGCUGCAUGCAGCCCUCGCUGCAUGCAGCCCUCGCUGCAUGCAGCCCUCGCUGCAUGCAGCCCUCGCUGCAUGCAGCCCUCGCUGCAUGCAGCCCUCGCUGCAUGCAGCCCUCGCUGCAUGCAGCCCUCGCUGCAUGCAGCCCUCGCUGCAUGCAGCCCUCGCUGCAUGCAGCCCUCGCUGCAUGCAGCCCUCGCUGCAUGCAGCCCUCGCUGCAUGCAGCCCUCGCUGCAUGCAGCCCUCGCUGCAUGCAGCCCUCGCUGCAUGCAGCCCUCGCUGCAUGCAGCCCUCGCUGCAUGCAGCCCUCGCUGCAUGCAGCCCUCGCUGCAUGCAGCCCUCGCUGCAUGCAGCCCUCGCUGCAUGCAGCCCUCGCUGCAUGCAGCCCUCGCUGCAUGCAGCCCUCGCUGCAUGCAGCCCUCGCUGCAUGCAGCCCUCGCUGCAUGCAGCCCUCGCUGCAUGCAGCCCUCGCUGCAUGCAGCCCUCGCUGCAUGCAGCCCUCGCUGCAUGCAGCCCUCGCUGCAUGCAGCCCUCGCUGCAUGCAGCCCUCGCUGCAUGCAGCCCUCGCUGCAUGCAGCCCUCGCUGCAUGCAGCCCUCGCUGCAUGCAGCCCUCGCUGCAUGCAGCCCUCGCUGCAUGCAGCCCUCGCUGCAUGCAGCCCUCGCUGCAUGCAGCCCUCGCUGCAUGCAGCCCUCACGUCUGGCAAUUCCUAG